GUCUAGAUUCUAACCCAUUUUGUGGGUUUUAGUGUCCUAUUUCUUUUUGCUUUCAUCAGAAGCAAAAACUUGGAAUUGUGUGUCAUACCCAUUUUCCCCUGUUCUUGUUCUGUUUUCUACUAGUUGUGUCUGAAAGUAAAGUCCUCUGUUUUUGCUCUGUUUAUGUCGUCUCUGAACUCCUACAAUGGCGUUUAAUCACAGAAAAAUGCUUCUUUCAUGUCUACAGUUUAAAGAUUUACGCUUUUGUUUCCGGCAAUACCCUCCCCCGCCACCACCACCACCGCCACCGAGGGAGCUCUCUCUCCUACUCCCCACCUCGAUCUGCGUCGUCGGCUCAAUCAUACUCUUUCUAUUUCUAGUCUUCUUCCUCUACCUCCACAUCACGCAACAACGGCGGAUUUCAGCCGCCAGCGUAACUCCCGGUGACACAAACCAACAGGAAGAUGAGGACGAAACAGAGGAGAGAGAUUUCUCCGACUUUCAUCACGUUUGGCAAAUCCCAACCGUCGGUCUCCACCGUUCCGCGAUCAACUCGAUCACAGUCGUUGGAUUCAAAAAGGGAGAAGGGAUAAUCGACGGCACAGAAUGCUCUGUCUGCUUAAACGAGUUUGAAGAAGACGAGUCGCUGAGACUGUUACCAAAGUGUAGCCAUGCCUUUCAUCUAAAUUGCAUCGACACUUGGUUGCUCUCUCACAAGAACUGUCCUUUAUGUCGUGCCCCUGUACUUCUUAUCACUGAACCACCUCAUCAAGAAACAGAGACGAAUCAUCAACCAGAUUCUGAAUCGAGCAAUGACCUCCGUGGAAGACAAGACAGUUCCAGAUCUAGAAGAAACCAUAACAUUUUUCUUCCAAGGGCACAAAGUGAUUUGGCAAACUACUGUGGCUCAGGAAGAGUAGAAAACGUGAGAAGAUCGUUUUCAAUUGGAGGAAGCUUAUCACUUUGCGAUGGUAUUAACAAUGCUACUAGAAGUGGAAGACAGUUCUAUACCAGCUUCAGUGCUAACUUGUUCUCAUCAUCAAGAAGAGUAAGGAACGAACAACCGAUUCCACAAAACCAAAUGCCAUCCGUAACUGGUAACACCAGUUAAUUGGUGUAACUACAUUGAAGCUUAAUGUAAUAUCUAGUGUGUUAUAUACAGUAUCUGAAAUAAAUCGAAACUUUCAAUGUUUCAAUAUU